CUGAUCUCUCGGUAGACGGAGGCUCCGCUGCGGAGAGACCGGCGUUCAUCUGCGCGUCUCUCUUUUGCCCGUUUCUCCGCGGAUGAGCCCGUGCCUGUCAUUGUUUUAACGUCAGAAACUGUCCGAGAGCAAUCACAGCUUCUUUCGUGUAGUUCAUUUAAUUUCACGUGACUGAAGUUCCAGCAGGCUCGGCUCGGCUUGGCUCGGCUCUUUCUCCGCCAGAGGCACCGGUUCUCAGCUGAGCUUCAGUCGGUCGGCCGGUGUGGACUCGUGCUCUCGGCUCUGACAACGUGAACAACUCCGGGAUGGUGUGUGUCGGCGCUGCUGGGCUCCAGGUUCUUGCGCUUCUGCUUGUGUUCUCAGCAGAAUGUGGACUGACUCGAGCCGAGACUCCGGCGACAGUCAGAAGAGUGACCCAUCCUCCCCUACGGCGCCCAUUAUCUAGCUCCGCUCUUCUCCCGUGUGUGUUCACCCUGCCAUCCGUCCUGAUCCCGGGACACGGCCCCUUCAUCCGCUGGAGCCGCGGCGCAGGAGCGCUGGAGCAGACGGUGCUGUCGGCUCGGGACGGGGUGGUCAGGGUGCACCGGGCAUACGUGGGUCGGGUCAGUCUGCCCGGAUACUCGGCCGAUCCACUCAACGCCUCGCUGGUGCUUUCCCAGCUCCGCUCCAACGACUCCGGGAGCUUCCGGUGCCACGUCGCUCUGGGAGAAAAUUAUGAGCAGGAUACGGUCAACCUGGAGGUCACAGGUGUGGUGUUUCACUACCGUUCUCCCACGGAGCAUUAUUCACUGUCGUUCUCCGAGGCCGUUCGUGCGUGUGAGGAGAACUCGGCUGAAGUCGCGACCCCUGAGCAGCUGUGGGCGGCGUUUCACUCUGGCAUGAACAGCUGUGCAGCCGGAUGGCUUAGAGACCAGAGCGUCAGGUAUCCCAUACAGAGACCUGAGCUUGGCUGCUAUGGACACGCAGAGUUUUCUCCUGGAGUGAGGAAUUAUGGGAAACGGGACCCCUCGGAACUAUUUGAUGUUUACUGUUUCGCCAAUGACAUGCAAGGUGAAGUGUUUCCCGCUGGUGUUCCUGACGGACUGACUCGUCCGGAGGCAGUAGCUCACUGUACGACUCUGGGUGGCCGGCUGGCGACCGUGGGUCAUCUCUAUCUGGCCUGGAGCUCUGGGCUGGAUCACUGCGAGCCGGCCUGGCUGUCUGACGGCAGCGUGAGGUUCUCCAUCAGCUUGCUGCGCUCCGACUGUCCCACUGGAGAAUCUGGCGUCCAAACCUUUUCACCAUCAGAACUAAACAAUGGGACGGCACGCUUCGAUGCUUUCUGCUAUAGAGAAAAGAAUGCACAGAAGCCUCUCACAGGCAUCGUGAAGUCCUUACUGAGACCAUACAUGACUGGAGACGACAGUUCAGAGGACGCGUCCGAAUCGUUCGCCUCUAGCAGCGACGCACCGAGCGCUGGCCAGUUGGACCUGCCUGACCUUCGACCCUCUAACUGGACCGGACAGGUGGAUCUGGACAAAGAGCCACUGAUGACCUCUGAACCCACCGAGCUCUCGGCCGAGUAUCUGACGGUUCAUCUGCGCGCCGGAGACACGUCUCUGGACUGGAGCGGUCAGCUGGACUCGUUCCCAAACAGCCCACAGGUGCUUCCAGAUCUGAGUCCGGGCGGCUCGGCCCGAGAGGAAGAGGACGAGGACGAAGGUCUGUCCGGUCAAUCCCUGAGCUCUGUGGCUCCUUCAGAGGCUCCUCAAGAGAAGACCAAGAGUUCCCUCACCAACAUCGUCAGCUCGUUAUGGAAACCCUGGAGCUACUUGACAGGAAGUGAAGUGGAGGGGACGACCAAGAGCACAGCUACGACAGAGACGCCCUCAACAGACGACAGAACCACUGCGACACCCGGAUCAGGGCAGAUGUCAUGGAGCCACUCGUGGCUGCCCAGUCCCUCAACCGUCACUGAUAAAUUAAUCACCUCCUUUCCACCUACGAGUUCAGUUGUACCAACCACAGUCCCACCAAACGCCACCAGAGACGGACCAAGCGACAAUCAGACUAGUCAACCUGCACAGGACGGUCCGGCGACGGCAGCCGGUUGGGUCGUAGUGACUGAAAUACAUGAGCAGAAAACCCAAACCCCUGAACCCAAAGUCUCCGUCUCCACUGAGAACUUCUCCGGAGAGAGUCGAAUGCUGGAGACGGAGGGCAGCUCGUGGGGCGACACGUACCCAUCAUCCCAAAUGCCGCUGAUGGUGGAGACGACGAGCACAGGUUCCAUCUCCACAUCGGCACACGGUCUCGAGGCUCGUGGAGAAAUCCAGUACAGACGCAGAAACAAACCCAAGAGACUUAACCAGAGCACCACUGAGACGACCACAAGUGCCACCCAGAGCAUAACAACUUCCUCCACUGAGAUGUCCAGCACUGGAGACACUGUGAUGACCCUCUCGACGUCUGCAGACCAGACUCAGACAUCAAAUGUUGUCACGACGGUCCCCAGCACCGUAGAGCAGUAUCUGAGCAGCGCUGAGGCCGUCAGGAAGAACAGCUCCACUGGAGAAGAAGCGGACGACAGAUGCAGCUGUCUGCACGGAGGGACUUGUCUUCCUCACGGAGAGGGUUUCCGCUGCUUCUGUCCUCAGGGUUAUGCAGGAGAGAGCUGUGAAAUCGAUGUGGAUGAGUGUCAGUCGAACCCCUGUGAGAACGGCGGCACCUGUAUCGAUAAAGAGGACUCGUUUGUGUGCCUCUGUUUGCCGAGUUACAGUGGAGACCGAUGUGAGAGAGACACAGAGGGCUGUGAACACGGCUGGAAGAAGUUCCACGGUCACUGCUAUCGUCUGUUUCCUCGCAGACACACCUGGGAGGACGCAGAGAAAGACUGCAGGGAGCACAGCAGUCACCUGACCAGCAUCACUUCCUCCAUGGAGCAGGACUUCCUGAACGGUCUGGGUCAUGAGAACGUCUGGAUGGGGUUGAAUGAUCGUACAGUGGAGGAGGAUUUCCAGUGGACUGAUGGGAUGGAUGUUGUGUAUGAGAACUGGCGUGAGAAUCAGCCGGAUAACUUCUUCGCGGGCGGAGAGGAUUGUGUGGUGAUGAUCACCAGAGAGGACGGCAAAUGGAACGACGUGCCCUGCAACUACAAUCUACCCUACAUCUGCAAGAAAGGAACCGUGAUGUGUGGCACUCCGCCGGCCGUGGAUAACGCCUCUCUAGUGGGCCGCAGACGCUCACACUACGACAUCCACGCUGUGGUUCGGUACCAGUGCGCCGACGGCUUCUUCCAGAGACACAUCCCGACUGUCCGCUGCCGACCCUCCGGGACCUGGGAAAGACCCAAGAUCAUCUGCACUAAAUCACGACGAUCUCACCGUUAUCGUCGGCAGCAUCACAGAUCUCGACGCGAGCAUCGACGACAUCGGAGACACGGAUCUGGGCACAGGGGGCGGGAUUAAGCCACGAGGGGCGGAGCUGAAAGCAGGGGUCGUGACCUCUGUGCGUGUGUUUUUCCAUCUUAGAGGGAACGCAGCAGAUGGACAGGACAGAAAUAAUCUUUGUUUUUUUUAACGCUGUUAUUUAGUUUACACUAACCCUCUAUUCACAUCUUCAUUAGAAAGUGUUUUUUAAUUGGUUAUA